AUGAAAAUCUUUUUCCGUAUAAAAUCCAUCUCUGACUGUCAUCUUCUUCAAAACGACCUUCAGCGAUUAGUUGCGUGGGGUGAAUCUUUGGGGCUAGCUCUUAAUAUAGCUAAAUGUUCAGUAAUGACUUUUAGUCGUAUUAAUGCUGUAAUCGAGCAUAUUUACUCCGUAAACAAUACCGCCUUAACAACCUGUAAUAACUAUGUAAAGGAUUUAGGAUUUACUUUCACACGGAACCUGUGCCCUAAUAUGCAUAUUCAGAUUAUAUGUUGUAAGGCUCUUAAACUGCUAGGUUUCAUAAACCGUGUCUCUUCAGACUUCCACUUACUCUCCACUCUAAAAACUCUUUUCUGCUCCCUAGUCCGUCCCAUCUUUGAGUAUGGUUCCGUCCUCUGGGGCCCGUCCACCGCUUCCGCACGUAGCAUGAUAGAAAGGGUUCAAAGAAAAUUCCUCCGUCAAGCUGCUUACAAACUAAAGAUAGUCUGUCCACCUCACGAUUACACGCCAAUCCAACGCCUCUUUUCCUUAGACAGCUUCUCCGAUCGUCGUCAUUCAGCAAACUUGACGUUUCUAUUCGAUCUUCUUUCAUCUAAAAUUGACAGUCCUGAAUCAUUAUCCCGUGUCUCAUUUAAUGUCCCCUCUCGCCUUACACAAUCAUCUGUUCCAUUUCAUAUACCUUUCUCUUCCUCAAACUACUAUCUUAACUCACCGAUCAUCCGUCUUAUGUGCAUUGCCAACACUGACCCUUCAUUCUCUCUCUGA